AUGAUAGAUGAAAUAUACACCUUGAAUUUAUUGAAUCAACAAAACCUUCCAUUCUCAGUGGCUCAAAAACAAAAGUUCUUUGAGAAAAUCUGCGAAAUAGUGAGAGGAAAGGAAAUAUGUAGUGCAGAUGUGUUAUCAGUUAAAUGCAAUGCUGAAAUGGGUUACGAAUUUACAACACCGGUGUUUUGUUUCACGAUGUCUGAUGGGAAGGUGAGUUAUUUAAUUAAUUAGGCCGGCAAACGGAAAAAUUAAAAAACGGGAAAAAAUAAAAAAUAUAUAUGUGGCCGAACUCCCGACAUUUCUCGGCCACGUAUAUAUUUUUUUAUUUUUUCCCGUUUUUAAUUUUUCUGUGUUUAAGAGCCGUUAACACUAUUGUUUAUUUUUUAAGCAGCUAAUCAUUGACACAUUGCAUGGUCUCAAAACGUCCAAAAUCUACGACUCCUUUGAACAUUGGACAGGCGAAACGUCUACUGAAAAAUAUGAUGGAAACUUGUUACCAGCAGGAUUGGAUUUGUCAACUGUCAAUAUCACACGGUUUCAAUACUUUAGCAAUAUGUUAUGGUCGAUUAAAACGAAGAGAAUUGGAGGAGGAAAUGGUGGGAAAUCGGCGAACAAGCAUAUUCUACUUUCACGCAAAGGCAGUUAUUCGUAAGUGAAGUUUAUUGAGUUGCGGAAGCUCGCGGUAUACAAUCGUAACUAAGCUUUUUUUCAGGAUCUUAUUCAAGACUACGAUUCCUGAGAGCAACACGUAAGUUUUACAAUAAACUACUUUUUUCAUUGCUUUAUCAAAUUGAAAGUUUAUUAAGGUUGUCAAAACCAUCAAAAUCACUUGGCGACUCUAGACGGCUCACAAUGAAAGCUCAAAGAAAACAAGAAUACCUUGAAAAAUUCAAAACAGAAACAGUAGCCUUCGUUGAAAAUUUUGUGACCACAGAAAAACACAAAUAUCUCGGAGGAACGAAUGAAGCUCAGUCGAAACGAAACUUGAAUAUAUUUAUCAUGAAAAAUGUGACAAUGUUCAUGAAAGAUGGCCAACCGAACAAUACGAAAAACUUUUGGGAGCAAUCUAGUUUUCUAGACAAAAUGAAGUAUUGUGAGGGAAGCGAAACGGACUUCAGAAUACGGGAGUUCUUAGGAAUUGUGACUGAAGUUUGUGAAAAAUUGUCAAUGGAAAUCUCGGCUGAUGAUUACUUAUCAGCUUGCGAAGCGAUUUAUUUGGAUUUUCAAGAUAUUGGUGAAGAUGCACAUUUUGUUACUUAUAAGGGUGAAGAUAAAAAAUUCAUUGUAAAUGACAAUUAUCUGGGAAAUAUUAAAAUUCAACUGCAGUUGAUUGAAGAAUUGAUGAAGGCUCGUGAAAAUGAUGAGAAAUUGCUGAAUUUUUCCCAUCCUUUCAAAGCCUGGUAUCAUUUUCGUAAACAUUACAAAUUCGAUAAAUCUUCUCAAAGAGCAGAAAAUUGCGAUAGCAAAGAAUAUUUCGGAAAAUGUAUUGCUGAAUAUUUUGAGAAAUGUGUGGAUAAUGUUUUGAAUGAUGAAAAUCUUAUGUUGUUCGAAGUGCAUGUUAAAUCGUUCGAUCCAACGUUUUCUACAGAAUUAUAUGUGAACAAAAAUAAUUAUAAGGUUGUGAUACAAACAAACGAAGAUAGAACAACUAAAACUAUCUCAACAGCUUAUAAACAGUAUGAAAUAGUGGAUAAUCAUUUCAAUAAUCAUCCAAUUCUUUUUGUUGAGAAACCUGGUUUUGCUGCGAAAAAUAGAACAAAAGAUGAAAUUGGAAAUGUGUAUUAUGGAACGCUGAUAUCUCCGAUUGAUUUGAACUAA